AUGUUGAACACAUCUCUGCGCCGUGUGGCGGCACGCACGUGUUCUAGCACAUCCUCCCCAGUACCAUCUCGUUCGACCACUCCCAUCGCCGCAUCCUUUACGUCCCAUGCACACCAGCGGAGACAUUCGUCGUCCAAGCCUCCCGUACCUCCAAACAAUGGGUCCCCUUCUAUCCCUGCUGCUGUGAAGCAGGUUGAAACUUCAUCCAACUCGAGACAAGCCACAACCGAGUCUCGCCCUUCACGAAGGCGAAGCGCAAAGGACAAAUUAGAAGCCAAACAGGACUCUGAAUAUGCCAACUGGGCCUCUUCUCUGCCGAGCGUCCCCAGUCUCCAGCUGAACCCUAAAGAUGUCUAUCUUGCCGCCUUCUUUGGCACUUACAGACCGACUUCCAUAACGGGUCCAGUAGUUCCAGAGUCUUCAAUGGCUGCUGUGGACAAGAUUUUCCAGCCCAAACCCAAAAAAGCUCGUACUACCCAACAGGAUGUCAUCUACACUCUUUCAUCCGCCAUCGAAAAUCUCAAUGACCAGCUCUCUAGCAAAAAAGGAGAACAAAAGGAGAACGUAAUGAAAGCGUUGGUUGAAGCGGCGAAUAAUGCUAUCGAGUCCAACGAACCCCAUCAUCUUGACGGUGCGCCUCAGUCUGUCCACCCAACUUCGCCAAAUGUGAGGAUCGCUCUCCAGGAGAUGGCACGCAGGUUUCGGCCGUACAAUGUACCUCCUGCGCCGGUACCUCUUGCAGACCCCGAAUCAAAAUCUGCCACAAAUCAAGAAACAGGGAACGAAAUGUUCCUCGAGGUCGAGGUGACGGAAGCUGGAUCAGAGCCAUACGUCCAGCACGUUGUUCUCCAUGACCAAUCCACCGAAGACCUUGAGAGCAGGGAUUUCUUCACCAGCAAUGCGGCACCCAACAUGGAAAUCGAAGACCCUACUGGUUUCCAGUAUAUUGUUGGAGAAGAGGUUGAUUCCACCCCUAUGGGACGUCGUCAACAGGGACUGUACCGUCGCCCCACAAUGAUGGCCAUUAGUGUGAAGAGACAAAGACGGCUGAAAAUGAAGAAGCACAAGUUCAAGAAACUGACUCGCCGGUUGAGAACUUUGAGACAAAGGCAGGGCAAGAUAUGA